GCGGCUACCGCACAUGCUCACUUGGCCGCGGAGGGCACCGUCGGAGGUAGGGGCUCGCUCCGCCGCCGGGGGAACCGCGCUUUCGCUCCGACCGGACCGCGACAUGCUCCGCCGCCCGUUCCCCGGUCGCCACCGGCUCUAAUCGUGGCGGGAGCGGGGGAGGGCGCCGCGGCGGAGCGUCUGGCGGUUGAAGAUUUCUCUGAAGCUUUAUCUUCAAGAUGAAGUUCUUACUAGUGGUUUUCUUUUUCUUAUCGUUCUCCUUAUGGGUUCAAGAAGUCUAUUCCAAAGAGAAGUCUUCAAAGAAAGGAAAGGGGAAAAAGAAGCAAUAUCUGUGUCCAUCCCAGCAAUCAGCUGAAGACCUUGCAAGAGUACCUGCCAAUUCUACCAGCAAUAUCUUGAAUAGGCUAUUGCUCAGUUAUGAUCCCAGGAUAAGACCUAAUUUCAAAGGAAUUCCAGUUGAUGUUGCAGUUAACAUCUUCAUUAACAGCUUUGGGUCAAUUCAAGAGACAACUAUGGAUUAUAGAGUCAACAUCUUUCUAAGACAGAAGUGGAAUGACCCCAGACUCAAACUGCCCAAUGACUGGAGGGGUUCAGAUACACUGACAGUGGACCCAACAAUGUUUAAAUGUCUUUGGAAGCCAGACUUAUUCUUUGCAAAUGAAAAAAAUGCUAACUUCCAUGAUGUAACACAAGAAAAUAUCCUCCUUUUUAUAUUUCGGGAUGGAGAUGUCCUAGUCAGCAUGAGAUUGUCUAUUACUCUGUCAUGCCCUUUGGACUUGACCUUGUUUCCUAUGGAUACACAGCGCUGCAAGAUGCAAUUGGAAAGCUUUGGUUAUACAACUGAUGACUUACGAUUUAUCUGGCAGUCUGGAGAUCCUGUUCAGCUAGAGAAAAUUGCUCUGCCUCAGUUUGAUAUUAAAAAGGAGGAUAUUGAAUAUGGUAACUGUACCAAGUAUUAUAAAGGCACAGGUUAUUACACUUGUGUAGAAGUGAUCUUCACCUUAAGAAGACAAGUUGGAUUUUACAUGAUGGGUGUUUAUGCUCCUACACUACUAAUUGUUGUUCUGUCCUGGCUGUCAUUUUGGAUCAAUCCUGAUGCAAGUGCUGCAAGAGUCCCACUGGGUAUUUUCUCAGUUCUCAGCUUGGCAUCUGAAUGUACCACUCUUGCCGCAGAACUUCCCAAAGUGUCUUACGUGAAGGCCUUAGAUGUCUGGCUGAUUGUUUGCCUUCUCUUUGGGUUCGCAUCCCUGGUGGAGUAUGCGGUGGUCCAGGUGAUGCUAAACAAUCCGAAGAGAAUUGAAGCUGAAAAAGCAAAGAUUGCCAAGGCAGAGCAAGCGGAAGGGAAAGGUGGAAACACUGCCAAGAAGAACACUGUGAAUGGCACAGGGACUCCUGUCCACAUCAGCACUUUACAGGUUGGUGAGACCAGAUGCAAAAAAGUUUGCACUUCGAAAUCUGAUCUGAGAUCCAAUGAUUUCAGCAUCGUUGGAAGCUUACCAAGGGAUUUUGAAUUAUCGAAUUAUGACUGUUAUGGGAAGCCCAUUGAAGUCAACAAUGGGCUCGGAAAAUCUCAAGCCAAGAACAACAAGAAGCCUCCUCCUCCCAAGCCUGUCAUUCCAUCAGCAGCAAAGAGAAUCGAUCUUUAUGCAAGAGCACUGUUCCCUUUUUGCUUCUUGUUCUUCAACGUCAUAUACUGGUCCAUAUAUUUAUGAUAAAUCUUUUAUUUAUGUUUUUCAUAUGUGUAAAAUAUACCCCAUUUCAUUACUCCUCCCCAGUCAUGAAGGCCGCUGUGUGAAAUUAUUUGCAUUUGCAAAGCAAUAUGUUGCAUUUUGAUGCCAUACGAUUGUACUGAACAUAUGGCAUCUGAAAUCUGAAUGAAAGCAUGACACUGCAAUGUCUGUGCUCCAACCAACGUUGUAUAUAAAUGUACAGCAUACAUCCUGCUUUAGGAAUAUAUAUGAAGGACAAUGCAUACUACAUUACAAAGCUGAAUAACGCUCUUCAGUUAUUAGUAACAUACAGAGAUUUAAAGUGUUUCUGACAAUGAAACUGAUGUGCACGUUGAGUAUUAUUAAAAUCAGUAUUCUAGUAUAUGUAGUAUUUAACAGCUUUUCUGCUGACUUCCAGAGGGGCAAAAAAAACCAACCAAACAACAUCUUGUUCCUGCAUAAUUUUAGAUGGCACUGUUGAAGAAGAAGCUAAGUUGUAAUUCAUAUUAUUUAGACUUUGUAAGUGAAGGCAGCAUUGAAUAAGCUAUCUUGUCUAUGUGGAAAAAUAAAAAUCAGAGAAUUACUAAUUUUGUAAAAUCAGUUCAUUUAGAAAAAAGACAGCAAUUGUAUCCAUCAAGCAGGCACACUUAUAUGUGUGAGAAUAGGCUGAGAAUAAAACAUUUGGCCAAAUUUUGACUUCUGUUUCCUUAGGAACAAACUAAAUACAAUAUGCAAGUACAAACAGGCCACUUUCUAGAUUGAAGAUAUCAGGAAUUUUGGAGAAACAUCACAAGAUCCAGUUCAGUAUCAGGUUAUGUUAUACUUUUUUACAUUACACUGUCCUCUAGCUCAUCUUCUGUAGUGUCUUGCAAGCCUGCAGUAUCUAAGUCACAAUUUUCUUGUUGUUGUGUUGGAUACAUCUUACUUGACUUGUUUACCUCCUUGGAAGCUUUCAGUUUAAACAAACCAGUUACUGUCAAGAUGGAAUCCUAUUUUUACCACUAGUUAUGUUUUUUUUUUUUUUACCUAUUGUAGCACAGAUGACCAAAGCUAACACCUAGCUACCAGUAGAAAUGAAGAGGUGUCUAAGGGGCUGAGACUUUUAAAUAAAUAAUUAGCCCUUGUGCCUACGUGUUAAUGAAAGGCUGCCCUCACCAACUCAUUGAAUUGGCUGCUACUUACUGGGGAACAAGGUCCUAUGCAUGAAUCUGUUCUGAUAGGAGACUGCUCUCCAUUUUCCAGAGGAAACCCUGUGACAUGGAGCCUACAGAAACAUCAUCUCCCUGAGGUGCGUAGUGCAGGACCUGUGGUCUUCUGUGGCUGCCAGAGCACACCCCUUUGUAAGGGCAAGCCAUGAGGUGAAAUGCAACCAAAGGAAAGCUGCUUGGAUGUAGGCAUCUGAGUAGUGUGUGUUCCCCAGGAACAUGCAGGGCCUGUGCCUCAGCCCUUGUGAGCAUCCCAUAGCGAUGCACAUCUCUGCUUGUGAAACUGGGGCACAGUUAGUUAAAAUUUGAAAAUAAGACAGUUCUCAGUAACUUGGCAAUUGAUAAAAGGAAAUAUGGAUUAUUGGCUACUCAUAGGCAAGGAAUUGACUGAAUUAAAGACCUGAAACCUUCCAUAGCAUGGAAGCAGACACAAUACGACUUGUGCUACAUUUCUAGUGCAUCCAGGAUGUGUUGAACCAAUGCAGGCCUCAAGUGGACUGUCAGAUCACUCGUGUGUUGUCCACCAAGUGAAUGUUGUCCACGUAUGGCCAGCCUGUACAACCAGGAGGUCAAAAGUGGAAAUAUUAAAAAAAAGGCAAAUCAUGCUAUGCUGGCUUCCCUGGGCAUCUGGCUGAUCUGCAGGCACCCAGGGUGCAUGGCAACUAACCACUGCCACUUUGGGUUCAGCACCCUCGUUGCUACAAUUCGUGUUUGGGUUGAAGAGAUCUGCUCUUCAGAAUAUGUUUGCAUGCUUCCCAUCAUGCUUCCUGGCCACUUUCUGGUGCAGAUUUCAGGGAGCCACUUUACCAGGUUGCCACAGUUUGUCCUUUGGAUUUCUUUCUGAUAGGAGGAAAUGGAAGGCAAAUCCCAAAUGUUACUGAACCGUUUUGAGCAAAAAGGAAAAAAAAUGUAUAUAUCUUUAAGGUCUAGUUCAAAGUUCCAGUAUUUCUGUCUGGUGAAGGUAUUUACAGAAUUGUCAGAGACUCUGAGAAGCAAUAAGGGUAAGUCAAAGAGAGUAAGGAAGGGAGAGGUAAUUUUUAUACAUACAAUCAGAGUGCUAUAUUUAUAGACAUUAUUUAUUCUCAUACUUGUAUUUUUCUUACAGUACUGGAAGGCAAGAAAAUAAUUACCCUGUGUUGGAAAUUAUAUGACUUUUGGAAGAUAUUUUUUUUUUGUUAGAAAUCUUAUUAAAUGAUUUAUCUGUAAUUAAUGUCCACAUUCUAUCUGUAUAAUCUCAAUUAUAGAUUUUAUUGUUAAAUUA